AUGAGGAGGCGAGGGGUUUUGGUGAAAGCCCAACAGGAAGAGGCUGAGCUUUUGGCUCAGAAGUUGGCUGAAAGGCUUAGGGAAAGUGAACAGAGGAGAAAGUUUUAUUUGGAACAAAUUAGGGAGAGAGCUUCCAUGGAUUUUAGGGAUCAAACUUUGCCUUUGUUGAGACGGUUUUUGAAUAAAGAGGAGGGCGGCGAAGGGGCGGUGGUUGCUGGCGGGAAUGUGGCGGUGCAGCAGUUGUUGAAGAGGAGGAUUAAGAAGCUUAGGCAGAGGUUAAUGGCUUUGAAGUAUGAGUUGUCGGAGGUGUUUAUUGGUGGUGAAAGUAGGGUGGCGGUUGGAACUGCACGGGCGAAAAUUGGGUGGUGGCUUCAAGAGCUUCAAAGACAUCGGCAGGCGAGGAAAGAAGGGGCGGCGAGUAUUGGCCUUGUAACUACUGAUAUAAUUAAGUUUUUGGAGGGAAAGGAGCCUGAGCUGCAUGCUUCUCGCCACUUGUUGAUUUUAUUGCUUCAGCUCUACCAGCAUCAAACACAUCCAAACCGGAAGCCAGCCAACUACUUUCUUGCAGAAAACCUUCUACCACCAAUGAUACCCAUGUUAGCAGCUGCCCUUGAAAACUUCAUCAAAAUCACAGCAUCAUCGUCUUCAAACACCGCGGCUAGUAAAAUCCUAAUCGAAAAUUCUGAUGCAAUAACGGAAGUUUUGGACUGUGGCGGUGGUAAUCGGUCAUUCCGGUUCCGAUGA